AUGGAAAAAUAAUAAAUCAGCGUAUCGUUUACUUAUAUUCCCACUGAAGAAGAGAAGCAAAAGGAUUUAGAUAAAUAAUUGGAUAUACAUACUAAAUAAUUGUUGCAUCCUAAGCUUAAAUGGACUGCUAUAUUACUAGCAUUUCUUUCUGUUAUUCUUUACUCAAUAGGGUUAGAUGCAUUCAUCCAAAUCCAUUUAGAAGAGGAUUCAACAGCUCUCUAUUUGAUUGCCACUCUAUGUCUAUUGCCUCUAAUCUAUUGCUUAUUCAAAGUAUGCAAACAAAAAAAAGACUUGUGA